AUGCAAUUCACCUCGAUCAUCGCUGCCGCCGUGGCUCUCGCCGCCGGUGUCAAUGCCCAACACUCCUUUACCGCUUGGUCCAGCACGGGAUACACUGGAAGGACUACCCGCACUGGCGCUCACGGCACUUACAACCUGGGCUUCACUGCUGCCUCUUACCGCUACAGUAGUGCCCCGGGCGAUGGCUGCUGCGCCAAGACUUGUAUGAACAGAAGGGAGACGGGCUCUUUCUGCGGUUCGCGUUCCAAUGAGAAUGUUGCCAGCUCCAACCGCUUCAACAAGGUGGUCAUGGGAUGCGGUAGUGCCGUGCUGAACUGCUAG